AGAAACAAUAGAAGACUAAAAAUUAAAAAUUGUCACUAAAAUUGACUCUAUAAAAUAGAGACUGGAGACUAUUUUGAAGAAAAAAAAAUGUUUAAUCUAACACAAAAUUUACUAUCAACUUAUUAUGGAUUCGGAAAAAAAACCGAAAUUGGAAAAACAUUGUCAACUCACGAAUGUGUCAAAAUAAUGGACGACGAAAUAAAUAUUUCCCUUGUUGAUGAAUCCUUCGAAAAUGAAGAACCUCUAACAAUAGAAGAUUCCAAGGAAGACACUAAUGAGCAAUGUGAAGAAGGAUCAUCAACUUUAGAUGAAAAAUCAUCAAUUUGCGAUGAAGAAAUAAUUGACGAUGACGAUUUUUCAAUGGAAUACGUUGAUAUUGUUGAAAAACUUUGGGAGGAAAAAAGUUCUACCACCGAUACAAUUUCAUUGGAAAAUAAUUUCAAAAAAUUAAAACUAGAAGACAAUGAAGAUGAAAAUUUAGAAAAUGACAAAAUUUCUUCUGAAGAAAUAAACGAAAAUCAAAAUUGCAAUGCAACAAUGAGUUUAUGUAGAAAAAUUUCAAUGAUACAAGAAUCUUGCGAUGGAACAUUUUUAAAUUUAAGUGGCUCUGAAUUAUUAUCUUUGCCAAAAAAUAUCUUCGUUCAAUUUCCAAUUCUUAAGUUGCUUUAUUUGGAAGGAAAUAAAUUAGACGAAAUUCCAGAAGAACUAUUUGUGAAUUUAAAAUUUCUUCAAUGGUUAGAUGUGCGAAAUAAUCAAAUAAAAUUUUUACCAUUGUCUAUCAAGGGGCAUUUGAAUCUUGAAACUAUUUUAAUUCAGGGAAAUAAAUUGGAAAGAUUACCAAUCGAACUUGGCACACUAUUAAAUUUGAAAAACCUUCAAGCAACACAUAAUCCUCUCUUAUAUCCACCUAAAGAGAUUUUAAAUCUCGGCUCUAAUGAAGUUUUAAAAUUUCUACGUGAAGAGUGGAAUAAAAUUUAUCCCAACGAAACUAUUGAAUUUAAAAAAGACGAAAUUAUGCUAAAUCCUUGGACAUUAUUAAGUCAUCAAUCAAAGAAAAAUAGCAAAAAAUCAUUAAAAAUGCCAAUGAAAAAAUAUCAAGCAAAAGAAGAGGAAAAAUCAACGAGAAUGCGAAGAUUAAACUAUAAACCAAGUAACAGAUGUGAGAAUUACCAGCCAAAUGAUUAUUUAGAAAUUCGCCUUUUAAGAAUGGAAAAAGCGAAGGAGCUUCUGGACAGAAGAGCUUUGGAACUUCAAAGAUUGAUAAAUAAGUCCACUUUGAAAAAAUGGAGAUACGAUAGUAGUAGCAACGAGAAAAGUAUGAAAAAAGCUGCCAAUAGAAGAGAAGAUGACAUUCCCUUUGCAGUAGAUUCGAAUCUCAUUCCCGUUUCAAUAAAACCAAUCGAAAAAAAGAAAACGUCUACAACGAGGAAUAGAUUUUUCGAUGAACCAAUCACAGAUAUAAAUAAAAAUAUCGAUCAGAUUUUCGAGUCACUAAACAAACUCAAAUUGUCCGAAAUAUCCGAGAGUUCAAAUACAAAACUAGAUAAAAAAUUAUUGGAAGCUGAAAUGCAAAAGAUUCAAGAAUUGCAAAACUCGAUCAAACAUCUUAAAAUGUACAACGACAUCAUCGAGGAACAUAAUCGAAAACCCUAUAAAGCUCCACCUUCGAUAAUAAUCUAAAGAAACUAAAAAAAUUUCCAACCUUUAAAAUUCGUCUGAAUUUAAAUAUUGACCGC